UGGAAUUCCACUCAAGGUUUCAACUUUCAAGAACAUAUGGCAACCCAUAUCACUGAAAUUUACUCCUAAACCCAAAUUGUGGCCUUGGGAUUGCAGCUUAAUAAUUAGCUGCUGCAUUAUUCUUUGACCUCCCCUUAUCAUAAAACCACAGAUUUAGGCCUCUCCAUCCCACAGAUAAUCCUAAGAAAGAUAUCAGAGACUUCAUUUCUGAGAUUGAAGAGCUUAUAGGAACUGAUAUUUACCACUCGUCACACUCUUCGUACAGUCCAAAAGAACGGAUUUGAUGCUAAACCAAAAAGAUGAUGAAGGAUCCUUCCUCAAGAAGAAAAAAUUCAUUACAGGAGAAACAAAGGAUGGAGACCACCACGGAUGAAAGGAACUCAACCCAGGAACUUAAACGGAAAAACGGUGGCCUCAGGACCAUGCCUUUCAUUAUCGCAAAUGAAACCUUUGAGAAGGUUGCUGGAGUUGGGCUUCAAGCAAAUAUGAUCUUGUACUUGCAAAAUGAAUAUAACUUGAGUAGUGCCACUGGAGCUACUAUAUUGUUUCUGUGGUUAGCCAUAUCAUAUUUUACACCUAUCUUCGGAGCUUUCGUUUCUGAUUCUUACUUGGGUCGGUUCCGUGUCAUCGUGCUUGGAACAGUUGUCAGCCUUCUUGGAAUGAUUCUGCUAUGGCUAACAGCCAUUAUUCCAAGCGCAAGGCCUCCACAUUGUGACCAAAAAGAUGGGAAUUUACAAGGCUGUGCAUCCCCAAAUGCAGCACAGAUGGUGUUUCUUCUUUCCUCAUUUGCUCUGAUGGCUAUAGGAGCUGGUGGCAUUAGGCCUUGUUCUUUAGCAUUUGGAGCAGACCAGUUUGACAAACCUGGCGGCCCGAAGAAUGACAAGACUUUACAGAGCUUCUUCAACUGGUAUUAUGCUUCAGUUGGAAUGGCAGUCAUGGUUUCAGUUAUAUUCGUAGUCGCUAUCCAAGAUAUGGCUGGUUGGGUUGUGGGCUUUGCAGUUCCUGUAGGGUUUAUGCUCUUGUCAACUGUUCUGUUCCUCAUGGGUUCUUCCCGCUAUAUUAAGGUUGAGGCAAACAAGAGCUUGCUUUCUAGCUUUGCCCAAGUAAUUGCUGCGGCUUGGAAGAACAGACACCACUCAUUGCCACAAAAUGAUUCGGAUAGAUGGUAUCAUCACAAGGGUUCAAACCUUGUAGUUUCAACAGAAAAACUCAGCUUUCUAAACAAAGCUUGCGUAAUUAAAAAUCCUGAGAAGGACUUGGAUAGUGAAGGAUUAGCUAUAGAUCCCUGGAAUCUUUGCACGGUUAAGCAGGUAGAAGAGCUAAAAGCAUUGAUCACAGUCAUGCCAAUAUGGUCUACUGGUAUUAUGAUAUCAGUGACCAUAAGCCAACAUGCAUUCCCUGUACUCCAAGCUGAAACCAUGGACAGAAGUUUCGUGGGGAAGGCCAAAAUCCCAGCAGGUUCCCUUGGUGCAUUUGCAAUCCUCACUUUGACAAUAUGGGUUGCCAUCUACGAUCGAAUUUUGGUUCCAAGAAUAGCAAAGUUCACUAAAAGACCUCGAGGACUUUCCAAUAAACAAAGGAUUGGGAUUGGACUGCUACUCUCUUGUGUAUCCACAGCAAUGGCUGGAGCAGUGGAGCACCAGCGGCGAGCCAUGGCAAUUAAACAAGGAUUGGCAGAUAAGCCUAAAGGUGUAGUUAACAUGUCUGCAAUGUGGCUAGUACCACAACAUUGCCUUACUGGAGUAUCUGAAGCUUUAAAUGCAAUUGGCCAAAUAGAAUUCUAUUACUCUCAGUUUCCCAAGACAAUGUCCAGCAUUGGGGUGGCUCUUUUCUCACUGGGCAUGGCAUUUGGAAAUUUGCUAGGGAGUCUUAUAGUGGCAAUUUUGAGUCGUGCCACUAGAAAUGAUGGCAAAGCGAGUUGGGUAUCAAAUAAUCUCAACAGAGGCCACUAUGACUAUUACUAUUGGCUUCUUUCUUUUCUUAGUGUGCUCAACUUCUUCUACUACUUGUUUUGCAGUAAAGCCUAUGGAAGUGAGAACAACAGGAUUUGGGAUGAGGGAGAUACUAUAGAAGAGGAAGAAUUGGGUAAGCAAGUGGGAUCUCCUAUCGAACAUGCUGUUGUUUGAUUACACACUAAUUUUGGAUAUUAGAUAACAAUGUAUAUGAUUCAUAAAAACCCAAAUGCAGUUGAAAUUUACAUCCUCAAUUAGAGAUCUUAAAUGGGUCUUUUCCAAA